AUAUUGAUCUAAAAUGAAAAAUCUACGAGAUUUCAAUUUCAUAGAUUUACUGGAUUCUGGGUCCUGUCAGAUUGAGCCUGACAUACAGUUUAAUGUAAUGGAUAAGGAUGGAACUUUUCUAGGAUCUGUAAAAGCUCACCAAUUCCUUCUAUCUCUGAUUUCCCCAAUCUUCCGCCAGAAACUAUCAACCCACGAGGACAGCAGUCUUCAAACGAUAGAGAUAAAAGGAUUCUCCCUGGAAUCUGUGAAUACUAUGAUAAAACUUCUCUACUCUGGAGAUAGAACCUUGAUGAGUAAGUUGAGUAGUCUAGAGUCCUUGUUCCAGCUUGUUCUCCUAGGGGAGGAGUAUGAGUUGAGAGGAUGUAGGACCAUGAUACAGGAGAGGGUUCAACAAGUUAAUAUCUCCAACUACUACGAUGUGUUCCAAGUACUGAAGAAGUAUGAGGAUAAGUUUACUGUUGAAUGUGUUUGGAGUAUAUUGUACAAGAGAACUGUUUCCGUUCUUCAGCGUUCAUGUCGUUCUGAGAAGGAUGUUCUGGCUUUAGUUGAGACUAAUAUUGAUUCUGAUGCUGAAAUCUUCAAGUGGAUUAAGACUAAGAUCAUCGCAAACCUCAAGUUCAAUUGCAGCCAAAACAUGGUAGCCAGUAACGGACUCAAAAUUGUUUUACAAAACAGUCACUUUGAUCAUUUAUUUGCCUAAAAUUCCAUGAAACUAGAAGUAAAUUAUGUAUAAAUUCUAAUAUAUUUUGAUGUUUUAAAGCCGUCUUUCUGAAUUCCCCCCUGUUUAUUU